AUGUCAUCACAAGAACCUUGUUACGGUGUAGCUUUCAGAUCGUUGGCUACCACUGAUGCUUCUGUUUUUAAGAAGACAAUUCAAUUUUAUCAUUUAUUAGGUUUUUCCACAAUCAAAGAAUUUGACAAAUUUAAACAUGGCCAAAAUCCACUUUUAACUUCUGGUACUUCUGAAGACUCCUUAAAAGAAGUUUGGUUAGAAGCUUUCAAAUUAAGUGAAAUCGAUGACUUAGGUUUCCGUGUACCACAACAAGAAGCUUCAAACAAGGAACAAAGUCAAGGUGCCUUAUUAAAAGUUCGUUUACUUAUGAACAAAGAACAAGGUACCAUGGAUUCCACCAUUAACGUCACCUAUUUUUCUACAGAAUUAAGCGAAAUUGCCAAUAGCUUCGGUAACGUCGUCAAGAAACAUUCAGAUAGUUUGAUUAGUAUUGUCGAUCCAUUAGGUAAUGAAAUUCAAUUAACCGACUUCGUUCAUCCAAGUGAUGCUCAACCAACUUCCAAAGAUUUCUACCAAAAUGAAUCCACUGAAGCUACAAGAUCCACUUCAAGUCUUCAAGCUGAUGCUAUUAACUUAUUAAAAUCAUCAUUAAAUGCCUACAAGACAAAAAAAAAGAUUGCUGUCAUGACUUCCGGUGGUGAUUCUCCAGGUAUGAACGCAGCUGUUCGUGCUGUUGUUCGUACCGGUUUACACUAUGGUUGUGACGUUUAUGCUGUUUAUGAAGGUUACGAAGGUUUAUUAAGAGGUGGUGAUUUAUUAAAGAAAAUGAGCUGGGAAGACGUUAGAGGUUGGUUAAGUGAAGGUGGUACUUUAAUCGGUACUGCUAGAUGUAUGGGUUUCAGACAACGUGAAGGUAGAAAACAAGCUGCUGGCAAUUUGAUCACAGAAGGUAUUGAUGCCUUAGUCGUCUGUGGUGGUGACGGUUCCCUAACCGGUGCUGACCUUUUCAGAUCUGAAUGGCCAUCUUUAGUCCAAGAAUUAGUCAAGGAUGGUAAAUUUACAGCUGAACAAGUUGCUCCAUACAGAAACUUAACCAUUGUCGGUUUAGUCGGUUCCAUUGAUAACGAUAUGUCUGGUACUGAUUCUACCAUCGGUGCUUAUUCUGCUUUAGAGAGAAUUUGUGAAAUGGUUGACUACAUUGAUGCUACUGCUAAAUCUCAUUCUAGAGCUUUCGUUGUUGAGGUUAUGGGUAGACACUGUGGUUGGUUAGCUUUGAUGGCCGGUAUUGCCACUGGUGCUGAUUACAUUUUCAUCCCAGAAAGAGCUGUUCCACACGGUAAAUGGCAAGAUGAAUUAAAGGAAGUCUGUCAAAGACACAGAGCUAAGGGUAGAAGAAACAACACUAUCAUUGUCGCUGAAGGUGCUCUUGAUGAUCAAUUAAACCCAGUCACUGCUAAUGACGUCAAAGACGCUUUAAUCGACUUAGGUUUAGAUACUAAAGUCACCAUUUUAGGUCACGUUCAAAGAGGUGGUACCGCUGUUGCUCAUGACAGAUGGUUAGCCACCCUACAAGGUGUUGACGCUGUUAGAGCCGUCCUUGAAAACACUCCAGAUACCCCAUCCCCAUUAAUUGGUAUUUUAGAAAACAAGAUCAUUAGAAUGCCACUAAUGGAAUCUGUUGCAUUAACUAAAUCUGUUGCCGAUGCUAUUGAAAGCAAAGAUUUUGACAAAGCUAUCUCUUUAAGAGACACUGAAUUCAUUGAACUAUACGAAAAUUUCCUUUCUACUACUGUUAAAGACGAUGGUUCUGAAUUGUUACCAGAAAAUGAAAGAUUAAACGUUGGUAUUGUCCAUGUUGGUGCUCCUUCUGCCGCCUUGAACGCUGCCACCCGUUCUGCUGCGUUAUACUGUUUGUCUCAUGGCCAUAAACCAUAUGCUAUUAUGAACGGUUUCAGCGGUUUAAUUCAAACUGGUAAAGUCAAAGAAUUAUCAUGGCUUGAUGUUGAAAACUGGCACAACUUAGGUGGUUCCGAAAUCGGUACCAACAGAUCUGUUGCCGCUGAAGACAUGGGUACAAUUGCCUACUACUUCCAAAAAUUCAAAUUUGAUGGUUUAAUCAUCCUUGGUGGUUUCGAAGGUUUCAAAUCAUUAAAACAAUUACGUGAUGCUAGAGUUGACCACCCAAUAUUUAACAUCCCAAUGACUUUAAUCCCAGCCACUAUCUCAAACAAUGUUCCAGGUACUGAAUACUCUUUGGGUGUUGACACUUGUCUGAACUCUUUAGUGAACUACACUGACGACAUUAAACAAAGUGCCUCUGCUACUAGAAAGAGGGUAUUUGUUGUUGAAGUCCAGGGUGGUCACUCCGGUUACAUUGCCUCCUUCACUGGUUUAGUUACUGGUGCAGUUUCUGUCUACACUCCAGAAAAUAAGAUCGAUUUAGAAUCUAUUAAAGAAGAUUUAAGUUUAUUAAAAGAAAACUUCCGUCACGAUAAAGGUGAAAACAGAAAUGGUAAGAUUCUUAUCAGAAACGAACAAGCCUCCAGUGUCUACAGCACACAAUUAAUUGCCAAUAUCAUCUCCGAACAAAGCCGUGGUAAGUUCGGUGUUAGAACUGCUUUACCAGGUCACGCUCAACAAGGUGGUGUUCCUUCUUCCAAGGAUCGUGUCGUUGCAUCAAGAUUUGCUGUUAAAUGUAUGAAAUUCAUUGAAAACUGGAACAAGAACAACCAAGCCACUGCAAAGGAUUCUGAUGCACGUGUAUUAAGAUUCAAAUUCAACUCACAAGGUGAAAAGGUCCCAACUGUUGAACACGAAGAUGACUCUGCUGCAGUUAUCUGUGUCAAUGGUUCUCAUGUUUCUUUCAAACCAAUUGCACGCUUAUGGGAAAAGGAAACCAUUGUUGAACUAAGAAAGGGCCAGGAAGUUCACUGGAAAGAAUUUACCAAGAUUUCCGACAUGUUAUCUGGUAGAUUAAAGCUAAGAGCUGAAGUUGCUGCUUUAAACGGUAAUGAAAACCAUUAA